CCCAGGAGCUGGGAGCGGGUGACCGGCGGCGGGGAAGCGGCCUGGGCUGGCCCUCAGAUUGCGGGGUCCCGGGGGCCUGUCGCGGGGCGCCCCCGUGACCCACAGACCAGGCCUACCCCCGGGGCCGGAGCGAUGGCCGCCGAGAACAGCAAGCAGUUCUGGAAGAGGAGCGCCAAGCUGCCGGGGAGCAUUCAGCCCGUGUAUGGAGCUCAGCACCCUCCUCUGGAUCCUCGGCUCACCAAAAACUUCAUCAAAGAACGGUCCAAAGUCAACUCAGUUCCUCUGAAGAACAAGAAGGCCUCCAGUUUCCAUGAGUUUGCCCGGAAUACCAGUGACGCGUGGGACAUUGGCGAUGACGAGGAAGAGGACUUUUCCUCACCUCCUUUCCAAACUCUGAACUCAAAAGUGGCUUUGGCAACUGCGGCCCAAGUCCUUGAAAACCACAGCAAGCUGAGGGUAAAACCUGAACGGUCCCAGUCGACAACAUCAGACGUCCCUGCCAGCUACAAGGUCAUAAAGUCCAGCAGUGAUGCCCAGCUCUCCCGAAACUCCAGUGACACGCGCCUGAGGGACCCACUCCACAAACAGCAGUCUCUCCCUCUGCGGCCCAUCAUCCCCCUUGUUGCCCGGAUCUCAGACCAGAAUGCUUCUGGGGCCCCUCCAAUGACAGUCCGGGAGAAAACCCGCCUAGAAAAGUUCCGUCAGCUGCUUUCCAGCCACAACACCGACUUAGAUGAAUUGAGGAAGUGGAGCUGGCCAGGUGUUCCCAGGGAAGUUCGACCUGUCACCUGGAGACUCUUGUCGGGCUAUCUCCCCGCAAACACCGAGCGGCGGAAGCUGACCCUGCAGCGGAAGCGGGAGGAGUACUUUGGCUUCAUUGAGCAGUAUUAUGACUCCCGCAAUGAGGAGCAUCACCAGGAUACCUACAGACAGAUUCACAUUGACAUUCCAAGGACAAAUCCUCUUAUCCCGUUGUUCCAGCAGCCGCUUGUCCAGGAGAUCUUUGAAAGAAUUCUCUUUAUCUGGGCCAUCCGACACCCCGCCAGUGGCUAUGUCCAGGGGAUCAAUGACCUGGUCACUCCGUUCUUUGUCGUCUUCCUCUCGGAAUAUGUGGAAGAGGAUGUGGAGAACUUUGAUGUGACCAACUUAUCUCAGGACAUGCUGCGAAGCAUCGAAGCUGACAGCUUUUGGUGCAUGAGCAAGCUGCUGGAUGGGAUCCAGGAUAAUUACACCUUUGCACAGCCAGGGAUCCAGAAGAAGGUCAAGGCCCUGGAAGAGCUUGUCAGCCGGAUCGAUGAGCAGGUACACAGUCACUUCAGGAGGUACGAGGUAGAGUACCUGCAGUUUGCCUUCCGGUGGAUGAACAACCUGCUGAUGCGGGAGCUCCCUCUCCGCUGCACCAUCCGCCUGUGGGACACGUACCAGUCUGAGCCGGAAGGGUUCUCGCACUUCCAUCUCUACGUGUGCGCCGCCUUCCUGAUCAAGUGGAGGAAGGAGAUUUUGGACGAGGAAGACUUUCAGGGCCUCCUUAUGCUGCUGCAGAACCUGCCUACGAUCCACUGGGGCAAUGAGGAGAUCGGGCUGCUGCUGGCUGAGGCAUACAGACUCAAGUACAUGUUUGCAGACGCCCCUAACCACUACCGCCGAUAGGUGCUGUCUCCCCCGGGGACCCAGACUGCCCCCAUCUCUGAUGGCAACUUCAUCACUGUGGCCACUGUGCAAGCCGUGGACCCCGGCCAGGAACCACUCCUGCUGUACAAAGCUCACCCCCGGCACCACCGCCCAGGUCUUAACUUCACAGCAUCCGCCACGUCGUGUCUCUGGAUGUGUCUGGGACCACUGUCAGUAUUCUGUGCGUGUGGAUGGGCAGAGGAGGAGGUGACGCUGGACACAGAGUAGGCUCCAGUUUGCCCCACACUGCCCCUCCAGGCACCGCUGGCUCUGCCCAGGACCCAGCUGGUGUGGUUUUCUUUUACUUUGUUUUCUUCUUUUUAACAGGAAAACACAAAUUCUCAUCCCACAGCAUGGGGUAUUACGCUCUCGUGCUGUUGCUUUGUGUGACUCAUUUGAUCUGGUCACAGGUCAGGGACACUUUAUGUUUUCAGAAGACCCUGGCCCCACCCUUCUCCCCCUCACUCCCUGCCUCCUCCUGCCCCAGCUGAGCCAGUGAGCGAGCCCUUCCUUCUCAGGUGGAGGAGACACCGUGUUUGUUCAUAGCCCUGAGGAGAGGCCUACACGCAAGGGCUAGGGAUUGCGUCUCCCCUUUCCUCAUCUAUGAAUCUCACAUGGUGUGCAUGUGUCUGUGUGUGCGUGCGUGUAUGUGUGUGUGCUGGAAUGAUUGUGGGUGUGUGUGUGUGUGUGUUUGUGUGUGCAAGCCCAUCAGCAUUUUGCCACGUCUGAAUUUGUGUUCAGACGAACCCAUCAGAACCAUUUGGGAAGGACCCAAGGGACCAAGCAUCUGAUGGUCCCUUGAGAGGGACCAGGGCAGAGGAGGGAGAAAGAGGAUGGUUUUGUUUUAUUGUUUUCUUUUUUCUUCAUCUUCUUCUUUUUUUUAACCACCUCUUCAAGCCCUUUUCAAGGGUGAGCCACUCCAAGAUAUUAUGUAUAAAUUGUGUUAUUAUGUAUAUGGGUAAAGGUGUACAAAUCUAUGUCCUCUUUGUAGCAGAUAUGAUUUUAUAUUUAUAGUGUGCAUUGACAUGUGAAAGCAAUCUAGGUCAUUAGCACAGAUGAACUUGCUGGGUGGGUAGCUUAAGUGGAGGGACCUGGGGGCCCUCUGGAGGAUGUGGCCAGCAGACAUGCUGUCACUGUCUCCGCCUUCCACUUCCAGUCCCUCCUUGUGCCUCUGUGAACACCUGGCCUGUCCUUCCCCUCUUCCAUGGCAGAGCUCCCCUCUACUCACCCCCAGCACCUCCCCAGGAAGGACCACAGAGGCAGAAGCCCCCCUCAGGUUUUGUGGCCCCAUCCUUUGGCUUCCCCUGUAUAAGUCAGCACUGUGGUCAGGACAGAGGCUGGCUGACAAGUCCGUGCCAAGAGAAGGGAUCCCUGUGUGUCCCCAAGAGGGGGACCUCUUCCUAGAGUGGCACUAGGUGUCCCUUGUCACCAUCACACUCCCCACAGCUCAUGAGGUGUCUGACCCAUGCUCGAGUUUUGGUGUAUGGUGGAGAGAGGCGGUGUUCCUGGCGGUGACACCCUGAGGUCACUUGCCUGUGUCACUCCACCGGCAGGCCACGCCUCAUUCUUGUGCGUUAGGUCCCUCAUCCAAGCUGUUUCUCAGGCGUUCUUCCCCGUUCCCCAACCACCUUUUUGUGUGCCUCAGUAGUCUCCACAGAAGGGGGACUCGUGGCCCUCCCUCAAACAGAUUAACUAAAGAAAGACACUUGUGUUCCCAAGUGGUGGUUUUAUUUUUUUAGUUUUAUGUUUGUAUGGGAAAUUGUGGAUAAAGUGAGUGGAUUGUAAAUAAAUGGUGUGUUUCCUCCUCCAUCGUGAGCUUUCGUCUCAUGAGGUCCGGAGCC